GUCUCUGCGGCCCAAUAACUGACCAAAUAUGCGACAAGGGGUGACGAGUAUCUUGAAAUUGCUGUAGAAAAGGUAAUUUGGUUAGAAUUGCUACAUCUAGUUGCAGUUGUUACAUUUUGCUUCAGCAAGGACCGUGAUAGCAAAUAAAUGAUACAUUAUUACCAUAAUGUAUAUUCCAUUACUUCCGCCUUGGUCAGCGUGAUUGUGGACCACGUGACUAAACACGGACUAAACAUCGUUUCAACAAAGCAAAUCCAACAGCUUAUGAUGUCGGGGUGGCACCUGUCAUUGAAGCUGGUGGAUCAGCCCAAAUCCACCUUCCACUUCCCUGAGACUAUGCCUGGAGACGUGUCUCCCGGCGGGUACCGAGUCUCUACUCUGAAACAACUCGUUUCGGCACAGCUCCCGGAUUCCCUACCGGACCCCGAACUCAUAGAGCUGGUACACUGUGGUCGCAAGUUGAAGGAUGACCUGACUUUAGACUCCUGUGGGAUCCAGCCUGGAUCGACCCUGCACAUCCUCAAAAGGACCUGGCCUGAACCAGACAUCAAUCCAGAGCCAGUGAACAGGACGACUGCAGCCAGGGAGUUCCGUGUGCUGCAGGCAGCCCUCCACUCCAACUCCACCUACAGAGACUCGGUGUUUAAGAUGCUGACUAAUAAGGAGUCUCUAGAUCAGAUCAUUGUGGCCACUCCAGGGCUUAGAUCUGACCCGGUAGCGCUAGGAGUGCUCCAAGACAAAGAUCUAUUUGUGCAAUUCACAGACCCCAACAUGCUGGAUGUGUUGAUCAGUUCUCACCCAGCCCUGGUCAAUGCCAUCAUCCUGGUCCUCCACUCAGUGGCUGGCAGCAUGCCUGCUCAGUCCAGCGCCGGCUCCUCCCGCAACGUCUCCUCCAGCUCCUACAGUGACAUGCCAGGAGGGUUUAUGUUUGAGGGCAUGUCUGAUGACGAUGAAGAUUUCCAAUCGGGCAAUCAGGCAGGACCAUCCAACCGAACCGGGGGCCCAGCAGGAAUGCGGCCAGUGUCCCUUGGCCAUAGUGGAGCUACAGGCCCUCGACCCAUAACACAGAGUGAGCUGGCCACUGCCCUGGCCCUGGCCAGUACUCCUGAGAGCAGUGCUGUUACUCCCACUGCAGGGGCUCAGGACACCUCAUCUGGAGUGCCUCCCACGCCAGCAGGGACUCCUGUCAGCAAUGACCUUUUCAGCCAGGCACUGCAGCAGGCUCUGCAGGCCUCCAGCAUGUCCUCUCUGCAGGGGCGUUGGCAGUCCCAGCUGCAGCAGCUGAGAGACAUGGGGAUCCAGGAUGAGGAGCUGAUGUUACGGGCGCUCCAGGCUACAGAGGGGGACAUCCAGUCAGCUCUGGAGCUCAUCUUCGCUGGAGGGCCAGGACUCUGAGCCAAGCCAGGGCCCUGAGAGUGAGGAGAGUGCACAGACCCAAGCUGGUGGCUCUGGUCAUUCUGCCAUUGGGCUGUGAUAUGGACACUUAUAUGGACACAAUGUUUCAGACAUGAAGACCUCAUUACUACUCCUCUACCCUUUCAUACACAACCUAAAUGGAACAACUUUUAAAUGAGUCAGUCAGAUUCAGGGGUAGAUAAGGUACAUGUUUAUCUUUAUUACAAGUCCAAAACAAAAAUAAUCAAUGUUUUGCCAGCCAUUUAAAAGAGGUUUGUUGCUAGCCCCUGAAGGCUUUAAACUCAUCGCUGUGUGGAUAUAUACAUAAUGAAAGAGGGCUGUGUUCUACCAGAAAUCUUCAUUUUGUUUCAGACACUAGCAUUGACUCAGAUCUGCUAUAAAAUAUGCCUUGGAAGAAAGCAGUGUUGAGAUUACCCCUAGAGUCUAAUUGUGAUUCAUACAGUUGUACACUAGGUGGCAAUGUCUAACCUCUUACCAUAGUUCCUUUGCGAUUCCAUUCAAUAGAGAAAUCAGGAGUAGAAAUUUGACAAAUAUGGCUAGCUGAUGUUUGAACUGAUUCUGAAACUGGUUCAGUUGGGCUGCCAGAUCAAUAAACACAUACAUAAUGUAAUAGUUGUUUGAGAGUAAAUGUAAAUACCAGUAUUAGACUAUUUUUGUGGUUUGAUAAAAAUAUAGGCUCAUCCAACAUGUAUGAGAUUUAUUACAUUUUUACUCUUUUAACAGCUGACAUUAUGCAAACAUUGUACUGCAGAAGGAUAACCUUGUAUCCAUUCUAAGUACCAUCCAUCCAGAUGUUAUUGUGUCUGAGCUGAACACGGUCGCUAUGAGCAAAUGGCUUUUCUCAAUAUUCAAAUGGGCUUGCUCUUUAAACAACCAGACCCA